UUGAAUCCGUUGAAAAGACCCGGCGUUUCGCUGCCAAAUAAUGGUUGCCUGGAAACGGUUUCCAUGCGGCUUAUGGCGAUGAUCUAGCAUCUGUUUGACGAUGCUCGCCGAUGCGCUUCCGAAAUCGUAACGGGGAAGUGCAAAUGUCAUAGCUGGCUGGGAGAGGCGCUAGAUAGGUACCUAUUUUGCCGUUUUUGAGCCGAAUUAAAAAAAUGUUUAGCACAGGGCCAUCAGGGCUUGAAGCUCUUCUCCACCGGCCACGAAGACCCACUCGAUGGCAGCAUUUCGCCUCAAACCCGAUCACCUACAUCGCACAGCUGAUAUACAACCUGCGCCCUAUUCCAAAAGGCAAUACCGCUUCUACGACUACAACGGGAAGCUUCAAUUCCCCGGUAACCGUCGUGUGUAUAUCAGACACGCACAACUGUCAACCGCACAUUCCAGAUGGCGACAUAUUAAUCCACGCCGGAGACCUCACACAAUCGGGCUCCCGCGCAGAACUCCAAGAGGCGAUCUCCUGGCUCAAUCGGCUACCGCACAAGUACAAAAUCGUCAUCGCCGGCAACCACGACAUCUCCCUAGACCCCGCCACAUACACGCUCAAGGAGCACGACCCGGUCCAGCUCCCGCGCAAGCUCGUCUGGGGAGAUGUGAUCUACCUCCAAAGCUCCAGCGUCAAGCUCACAUUCUUCGGAGAAAACAAGCGCGAGAUCUCGGUCUACGGGAGCCCCUUUUCUCCCAGUCACGGGAACUGGGCGUUUCAGUACCCGCGCCGCGGUGACUUCUGGCUUGAAAGUAUUCCCGAGGAGACGGAUGUUUUGGUCACGCAUGCGCCGCCGCGGGGCCACCUUGAUUUGGGGUAUGGGUGCGAGAGUUUACUGCGCGAGCUGUGGCGGCUGAGGUGCAGGCCUGGAUUGCAUGUGUUUGGGCAUGUGCAUGAGGGGUACGGGGUGGAAGUUGGGGUGUUUGACGGGUUGCAGAGGGUGUAUGAAGGGGUGGUGAUGGGGCGGGGGAAUCGAGUUUGGGGACUGAUAAAGAUGCUGGGUGAGUUGUUGAAGGUGUGGGUGAGGAUGGGAUGGCGAUGUGAGAAUGUGAGAAGGACGAGUUUUGUGAAUGCUUCGAUCGUGGGAGGCCUGCUUGAUGAAGAGAGAAGGGAACCGGUGAUUGUUACGAUUUAGCAUUUGGGUGGCCCCCCCUUGGGUUUAGUUAGUUAACUAACUACAUAGUUGAUGUCUGCGACUGGUUGGCAUGGUGAAUUCACAAAACAAACGAAACAGCCAACAAAAAAAAAAAAAAAGCCUAUCCUUGAAGGGAUAUUAAUGAUGCUUUAUUUAAAAAUUUAGUACUCCGUACAUAAUUAUGGAAAUACACCAUCGAAGAAUCAAGAAUCC